CUACCCGUAGUACCCCUUCUUGUAUCCCAAGCCCUUAUAGAAGAUGUAUAGAACCUCGUUGCUCAAGCAGACUGCACGUCCUUCCGUCCGAGUCUCCACCAGACAAUUCUCAGUGCUCAACAACCAGGUCAGAAAGUGGAGCGAAAUCCCAUUGGCUCCUCCAGACAAGAUCUUGGGUAUCUCCGAAGCCUACAACAAGGACGCCAACACCUCCAAGAUCAACUUGGGUGUCGGAGCCUACAGAGACAACUCCGGUAAGCCUAUCAUCUUCCCAAGUGUCAAGGAAGCUGAAAAGAUCUUGCUUGCCAGCGAAGUUGAAAAGGAAUACACCGGUAUCACUGGUUCCAAGAAGUUCCAGAACGCCGUCAAGGGCUUUGUUUUCAACAACUCCGGCAAGGAUGUCAACGGUCAACAAUUGAUUGAACAAAACAGAAUUGUCACUGCCCAGACCAUCUCUGGUACUGGUUCCUUGAGAGUCAUUGGUGACUUCUUGAACAGAUUCUACACCAACAAGAAGCUCUUGGUUCCAAAGCCUACCUGGGCCAACCACGUUGCCGUUUUCAAGGACGCUGGCUUAGAACCAGAAUUCUACGCUUACUACGAGACUUCCAAGAACGACUUGGAUUUCGCCAACUUGAAAAAGUCCUUGUCUUCCCAGCCAGACGGCUCUAUUGUCUUGUUGCAUGCCUGUUGCCACAACCCAACUGGUAUGGACUUGACUCCUGAACAGUGGGAAGAAGUUUUGGCUAUUGUCCAAGAGAAGAACUUCUACCCACUUGUUGACAUGGCCUACCAAGGUUUCGCUUCCGGUAACCCAUACAAGGACAUUGGCUUGAUCAGAAGAUUAAACGAGUUGGUUGUCCAGAACAAGCUCAAGUCCUACGCCUUGUGUCAAUCGUUUGCUAAGAACAUGGGUCUCUAUGGUGAAAGAACUGGUUCUAUCUCCAUCAUCACUGAGUCUGCCGAAGCUUCUCAAGCCAUUGAGUCUCAAUUGAAGAAGUUGAUCAGACCAAUCUACUCCUCUCCACCAAUCCACGGUUCCAAGAUUGUCGAAAUCAUCUUUGAUGAGCAACACAACUUAUUGAACUCGUGGUUGCAAGACUUGGACAAGGUUGUUGGUAGAUUGAACACUGUCAGAUCCAAGUUGUACGAAAACUUGGACAAGUCCUCUUACAACUGGGACCACUUGUUGAAGCAAAGAGGUAUGUUCGUGUACACUGGUUUGUCUGCUGAGCAAGUUAUCAAGUUGAGAAACGACUACUCGGUCUACGCUACUGAAGACGGAAGAUUCUCCAUCUCUGGAAUCAACGACAACAAUGUCGAGUACUUGGCUAACGCCAUCAACGAAGUCGUCAAGCAGUAGACGUAUAGAUGGUCUGCUAUUUUUUCUACGAAUUCAUAAAUUAUAUAUCAAUAAAAUGACUUAUGGUU